UUUUCUUAAGUUUCUUGUUGUUAUAUAUUGUUGGUUCAAUUUAUUUUUAAUUCAAGUUUUAAACAAUAUUUUAUUGUACUUCUUCUUGUGCUUUGUUACGCAAAAACUUCUGCAUAAAUGUGUGCAUGAAUUUAUGAUUUUUUCCCCUCCUAACCUGGAGGAUGUGUUGGUUCAUUCCUCCAGACUGCAUGCCUCUGAUCCUGCAUUGUGGGACUCGUGCAUGUGUUGGAUUGUUUAAACUGUAACCGCUAGAGGGAUACAUCUACGCCCUCUAAACUCCCGUAAACACCAUCCUAUCAGUGUGUGCCUCCGAGAGAAUUACCGUCAGUGAGAGUUGCCUACCUGUGACUUCCCACUGUGAAAAAAAAAGAGCUGAAAAAGAAAAAAACACACACAGAGAGAGGCUCAGAACAUUUGAAAACAUGACUUGUUCUUUAAAGGACUUUUAGCUGCCUCCUGAGUGACGACGAGCUCCGACUCCUCCAAGUGCGUAAAGGCUCUCUGUUCCAGGCAAUCAAUGAGGACCGCGACUUCUGGAGCUCCCUGUCCCUCUGUCUCUCUUGCGCCUUUCCAGACAUCCCAGUCCAUUUCAACUUUUUUGCACACAGACUGAAGGAAGUUUUGUUGUUUGUUUGUUUUGGAUUUCAUUUGGAACACAUUUUUUUUUCUUUUCUGUAAUAAAUAUGAGUGACCGGUUUGCUGUCACUUUUCUUUGGGAUUCCACAGUCUGUGUGCCAUUUCUAAUGCUUUUCCACGGGUAGGAUAUAAAAAAGGAGGUGUAACGAGAGCUUUGGUGGACAACUGUGGAUUUUCUGCGGGUUACUCGUCCAAAGAGGAUGAGGGGGGCAUCGGCCGGACCCCCCUCUUGAUUGAUUACUUAUUAGUCAUCCCUUUGGCUAAAUGGGACCCAUUGAAAAGGCACCGUGGAACACAUAACAUGAAUGAAAUAUUCCCGUGUCCCAUGAAUGUCUCCAGAGUAGUUUUGCUUAAGAGAGGGGGUCGUGGCUUAGCAUUAUAAAGAGGGAAAACAGCGUAGCUUUAUGGGUUUAUUUAGACAGUUUAUACGCUUUGGUUUGUAAAAAGAAAAAAAGAAAAAAAAAGAACUCAAGAGGAUCCCAAAAGAGAGGAACACUGGACAUUUUUUGUUACUUAUUCGUUUCUUUUAUUUUUCUUCCCCUCUUAUUUUUUAUUUUUCCCCUCAUCAUUUGCCAAAAAAUGAAACUUUGGCCAUCACCCUGGGUGUCUUGCCUUGUGAUUCUCAUCUUGUGCUUUGGAUCAGAGUGCGGGACAGUCCGGAGAAAGGGAAGAUCCAAGAGGGAGUUGGUGCGCAUCAGGGAGGCGAGAGCCGUCAUCCCAGGGGCUUGUGCCACUCGUCUGCCCCGGGGCAAACGCUCCUUGGCCGGCUUGGAGCGGCGGGUGCCCCGCCAGCACCGGCGCUCGUCACACGCGGAGGAGAACUCUCCAGACCGCGGGAAAGCGGUCUAUUUCACCGGCAGGGGAGAUCAGUUACGGCUCAAGCCCGGCGUGGAGAUCCCCAGAGGAAAUUUCACUCUGGAGAUGUGGAUCAAACCAGAGGGAGGUCAACGAUCACCCACGGUGAUCGCAGGCCUGUACGACAAAUGCUUCUAUGCUUCCUGUGACCGAGGCUGGCUGCUUGGCAUCCAGGCCGUUAGUGAACAAGGAAACCGUGACCCUCGCUUCUUCUUUUCUCUCAAAACUGACCGUGCCCACAAAGCAACCACCAUCCACUCCAAUGUCCGUUACACGCCCAACCAAUGGGCGCAUUUGGCGAUCACGUACGAUGGUGUCUACAUGAAGCUCUUCGUCAACGGAGCCCAAGUUGCUCUCAGUCGGGAGCAGUCAGGAGACGUCUUCAGUCAUUUGACUAAAAAGUGCAAAGUUCUGAUGAUCGGUGGCAAUGCACUGAAUCACAAUUACAGGGGUGCAGUGGAGAGGGUGGGUCUGUGGAGGCAGGCGCGAGGUCAGAGAGAUAUCAUCAGGGACAUGCAGGGCCGCGAGAGCCCCGAAGAUCUACCUCAGCUUGUCAUCCGCGAAACGUUUGAGCACCCUGGGCGCAAGUGGCUUACAGUAAAAGACGGUAGUUUCCCUCAACCUGAGACAGAAUUGGGCGGACGACAAGGCUUUCUGGUUGGUGACAGAGUUGGAAAUGCUGAAGGAAUUCUGGACACAACGUUGGAGCCUCCGAGUUGUGGCCAAACUGUGUGCGACAACGUUGAAGUCAUUAAACAUUACAACCAUCUGUGGACGUUCCGCCGGCCAAAGAAAGUGAGAUAUCGUGUCAUUAAUAUCUGGGACGAUGCAAGAAAAAGGCCAACUGUAUCAGACCACCAGAUAAUUCUGCAACACCAGCAUCUCAAUGAAGCGUUUAACCUCUACAAUAUUACCUGGGAGCUCAGCAUUCAUAAUGUGACCAACUCCUCCCUGCGGAACCGCUUGAUACUCGCCAACUGUGAUAUCAGCAAAGUUGGCGAUGAUCAGUGUGAUCCAGAAUGCAACCAUCCCCUGACAGGAUUUGAUUCCGGUGACUGCAUGUCUGGCCACUGGAGCCGCUGCCCUGAAAGCAAGCAGGGCAACGGCAUAUGUGACCCAGAAUGCAACUGGGAGAACUUCUUCUACGACCUCGGUGAUUGCUGUAACCCCAAUGUGACAGAUGUGACCAAGACCUGCUUCAACCGCUCCUCUCCACACAGAGCCUAUCUGGAUGUAAAGGAGCUCAAAGAAAUUCUCCAGUUGGAUGGUUCAACUCACCUGAAUGUUUUCUUUGGCAAUUCUUCUGAUGAAGACUUGGCGGGAGUCGCCACUUGGCCCUGGGACAAAGAAGCUCUCACACAUUUGGGUGGAAUCGUGCUGAAUCCUUCUUUCUACGGAACGUUUGGUCACACGGACACCAUGGUCCAUGAGAUCGGGCAUAGCCUUGGUCUGUACCAUGUGUUUCGGGGCAUUUCAGAGAUCGAUUCUUGCAAUGAUGCAUGUUUGGAAACUGAGCCAUCAAUGGAAACGGGAGACCUGUGUGCUGACACCAACCCCACCACCAAAUACAAAGGCUGCGGGGAUCCUGACCCGGGGAAUGAGACUUGUGGUUGUCGUCAUUUCACACAUACGCCAUUUAAUAACUACAUGAGUUAUGCAGAUGAUUCUUGCACAGACUCUUUCACAUUGAACCAGGUGGCCAGGAUGCACUGCUACCUAGAUCUGAUCUACCAGACGUGGCAACCUGCUGCCAGACCCCCUCCAGUACCGAUGCCACCCCAAGUAGUUCAGCAGCACCACAACUCCAUCACCCUGGAAUGGUUUCCACCACUUUCUGGACACUUUUACGACAGAGAAUUGGGAUCAGUGUGUGAUAAAUGUACUGAGGGGAGAGUUCUACUGCAGUACGCCUCAAACUCGUCUUCUCCAAGACCAUGCUCCCCUUCUGGACACUGGUCCCCCCGAGAGGCUGAAGGCCCUCCAGAUGUGGAGCAGGCAUGUGAGCCAAGCGUGCGCACGUGGAGCCCCAAUGGAGGGAAUGAGCAAAGUGUUGUUGGCCCGUCAGAGUGCCCCGUCCAGGGCUGCAUGCUCCAGUUGGAGUUCCUCUACCCUUUGGUACCCGACUCUCUGACCGUGUGGGUCACUUUCUUCAGUCCCGAGGAAACAACGUUGCCGGCAAUCCACAACAUCUUGCUAUUGACUGUCAGCGGGAGAAACAUCUCGUUGGGCCCCAGCAAUGUUUUCUGUGACACUCCACUAACACUGAAGCUGGAUGUUCAAGAGGAGGUGUACGGGGUACAGUUCUACACAAUGGAGCAAAACCUGGAGAUCGAUGCCACUCUCCUGGCGUCAAAGCGAGACUGCAAACUCUGCAGGCAUUGCAAACUGCUACGCUAUCGCCUGCUGCGGCAUCCGGCCUUCACCCAUGCACCACGUGGCCUGAUACUGAACGAACCCAUCCGCCGAUACACAGACAGGGAUGUGGUCCCACACAUUGCAUAUAAGUACCAGAUCCAAACAGUCUCCAGCUGGGGUGAGAGCGAGCCCUCUCCACCUCUAGUGCACGAACUUGGGGCACCCUACUGUGGGGACGGACAUGUUCAAAGCUCCAGAGGAGAGGAGUGUGACGAUAUGAACUUGAUGAAUGGAGAUGGUUGUUCCAGUCAGUGCAAAAAGGAGCCCUUCUUCAACUGCGUUGAGGAGCCAAGCAUGUGUUACUACUACGAUGGGGACGGGGUGUGCGAGGACUUUGAACGCGAGACAGGUGUGAGAGACUGUGGCCUGUACACACCCAGCGGUUUCUUGGAUCAGUGGGCUUCCUCAGUUGAUGUUUCCCAUGAAGCAAAGCCCUACUGCUCCGGCGAGGUGGCCAGUGGGUAUCCCGCUGUUACUAAGACAUGCCAGUCCAAAGUCUUUGACCUGUCUGAUGGAGUGUCCCAGUAUGCAUGGUUCCCUUGUGAACAGGCCGACCCAGGAUGGGGUUAUUCUACCUAUUGGUUAAAGGCCUAUUUUUCUCAUCCCAUGGUGGCAGCAGCAGUAAUUAUCCAUUUGGCAGCUGACGGAACCGCCCUGACUGAUCAGACCCAGUGCAAUAUCACUGUUCAGUUAGUAGACACUAAGGAGGGGAUCCAUAAUCUAGGUGAGUGGCGUCUGAGCUGCCGCACAAACCCUUUGGUGAUCCCCGUGAGCCAUGACCUGUCAGUGGCCUUUUACCACACCAAGGCUAUCCUGGUCAUGUUUUCCUCUCGCCUUGUGGCUAUCUCUGGCGUAGGCCUGCGAUCCUUUCAGUCCUUUGAUCCCAUCACAAUAAGUGGGUGCCAGAGUAAUGAGAUCUACAACCCCACAGGACAGAGUUGCGUACAUUAUUCGUGCGAAGCCAUUGACUGCCAGGAACCAUUAAUCCGCAAUGCAGAGCUAAAGUGCAGUAGCCCCGGCCGCCACUUCAACAACGGAGACCGCUGUACCAUCUCCUGCGACUCUGGAUACGUCCUGCAAGUCCACCAGGAUGACGACAUCGUCAAGAGCCAGUCGGAUUCUUCAGUGACUAUAACCUGUGCGAAUGGGAAGUGGAACAAGCAGGUGUCGUGUGAGCCUGUGGACUGCGGUCUGCCAGACAAAUACCACGUGUAUCCUGCCCAUUUUAGCUUCCCAGAGGGCACUACCUACGGAAAGAAGAGCACUUUUCAGUGUCGAGAACCUGCACAGCUUCUAGGCACAAACAACACUCUAACCUGCCUAGAGGAUGGUUUGUGGUCCUUUCCAGAAGCUCUCUGUGAGCUUCGGUGCCCUGCCCCUCCUCCUGUGCCUAAUGCGGUGCUGCAGACAAAGCGUUGCAAUGACACAGGCCUUAAAGUUGGCACUCUUUGCAAGUACAAGUGCAAGCCAGGCUAUCAUGUCGUCAAAAAACCCAAGAGACGUGCAUUUAAGCGUCAGUGCACCGAAGAUGGCAGCUGGCUGGAGGGAGCAUGUGAACCGGUGACCUGUGAUCCUCCACCGGCCAUUUUCCACGGCUCUUAUUACUGCACUGACGGCUUCCGCUUUGACAGCGUCUGCCGACUGAAUUGCUCUAAUCCUGCGGGUAAUACUGCUAUCGCGGCUAAAGGAGGCUCCGCCCAUACGGUGAGGCUGCUGCACGCUCAAUGCAAGCAGGGUGGAGGGUCCAACGCGAUCCGCUGUAGGAAGGAUGGCAACUGGACAGGGUCAUUCCGACUGUGUCCUAACAGCAGGGGCCAGUGCUCUUUACCUCAGAACCUCCAUCAUAGUCUGCAGUACACAUGCAAGCGGGGACACAAUAUAGGGGAGGAGUGCGAGCUGACAUGCAGGGAGGCUAACAAUGCAGUGGUGAUUCUCCCAAGCAACAUGACGGCUGAGAGUGUCCUGAAAGAGCACUGGAGGGACCCGCAGAAAGUAAAAAGUAUAAUUUGUACAAUGGGCAGGAAAUGGUAUCCACCUCCAGAGCUGCUCCAUUGCAUCAAAGGAUGUGAGCCUUUCAAAGGAGACAACUACUGUGAUCCUGUCAACAACAGAGCCUUCUGCAGCUAUGAUGGAGGAGACUGCUGCCAAUCCACUGUCAAGACCAAGAAGGUGAUUCCAUUUCCGAUGUCCUGUGACAUACGGAACGAGUGCUCCUGUCGGGAUCCCAACGCGAUGGAGAACCGGAAAGAGGAGAAUGUCCACUCUCUGGGUUGAUCAGCCUGAGUUGGGACCUCCGUUCAUCAUCCCAGGACCCCGACGCCCCAACACAACAGAGUGGUCAAAGCAGAACCCCCUCCCUUCCCCUCAUAGUCCAUUUGGCCGCCAGCAUCCUGCACACGCUGCUUCAAUGGCUUACCUCUCCAUCCAUACUGCAACUCCAGUCCUCUGAAAAGCUUCCACAAAAAAAAAAUCAUUUUGAGAAGAGGAUGUAACUCAUAAGACUCCACAGAAAAACAUUGUUUUCAGCUAGAAGGAAAGUAGCCCCUGCAGCACUGUUGUUUAACCACAUACAGACAUGAAAGAAAAAAAAAAAAGAUAUAUAACAUGAAACAGACAUUUUGGAACUCUGAAAAACAAACAAAAAAAAUGUAACCAAGCCUAGAUAGUUUCCCUUUUGUCAAGUUUUGUGCCAGCUUUAGUGUCUGCUUUAGUUACCUCACUCUACAGUCACAUGACUGAACCAAAGGUCAAUUCCAAACAUGCAAGGUGGGUUUGAGAGGACGCAGGUGCUGCAUUUUGAAAAAAAAAAUAUGAAGGAAAAAAUGUUCAUUUUUACACGUUGAAGGCAAGUUCAGCACCUUUUUCGGAGAAGCUGGGAUAUUGUUUAUACAUUUUUUUAAAUAGACAAUAGAAAUGGUAUAUCCUCUUAAUGAUGUGUGUUUAUUGAAAUGGGUGUCAGAGGUUAUUAAGUAGCUCGGAUGGGAAUGAGACAGCCAUAUUGGUCAUUUUUUUUUAACGUUGCAGAAUCAAUUCAAGAAGCCGAACGGAAAUUCCCAGAAAAACAAGCAUUAAAAAAAAUAAUAAUAAUGAAUCCCAAGAAAAAUUGUUUUGGAAUUUUAUACAUAGAGAAAUUUUUUUUUUCCUGUUUUUCACAUUUCAGAUUUAAAAAAGGUCACUUUGGGCAGCUUAGACAACAGCAGAUUUAAAAAUAUAUAUUUGUUUUGGACAUAUAAAUGGAUCCAGACUUAAUUUGGAACUUCCUUCCUUUUAUCCACUUACUACGCUCCUCAGCUACCCCAAAAAAAAAAAUAAAAAUACAAAAAGGAUAUUAUCUGCCACCUAAUUUAGGGUUUGGGUGCCUUCGAUGUUAGGGAAAACGUCUUCAUCAUUUCACCAGAUUUUUUUUUUUGUCAUAAUCAAGUUUUAAACUGAAAAAAGGCACCACAGUCCUGUUCAGAAUGUAGCUUUUUAGCCCUCAGAAUGUUCCGUGAAAAUGGUUGUAUUUGACAAAAAGUGGAGGUGUGCGAAAAAACAACAGAAAAAAGGACAUUUGGAUGUAUAGCUCAUCACAGGUAUUGCAGUCCUGAUGCGACCCGAGGUUUAUAAAACUUUCUAGUUUGCUUCAACACAAAGUGGACUUCAAACGGUGUUUUUCUGCACCUCGUCUUGUCCCCAUAACCUACCAAGCUGCUAUAGUAGAUGUUACGGUUCACAUGCGUUCUCACCGUGCACGUUCGAUUACAAAGGCUGCAUGUUUGGUCCACAGCUUGCUGCUCCAGGUUGACUCUGGUUUAUUAUUAUUAUUAUUCAUCUGCUGCAACAAUCCAAACACAUCUUUUAUAUUAUUCAAUUGUCCCUGCAAGGCAAAUAUUGUGAAAAGGAAAUUCAAAAAAGGGGAAUUUUCUUUAUUAUAAUUAUUAUUAUUAUUUUAUUCCACCAAAAGUACAACUUUUUUGUCAUUUCUUGGAAAAAAUAUUGAAUCAGUGUUUGCAUUUUUGAACCUCAGUUGCUGCACUUUUGUAGUUGUGAUGUGAGAAGAAAAGGUUUAUGUCUCAAAAGUAUUUCAAAGCUGCUAUUUGUUUCAUAUGGUGAUGUAAAGCAAACUAUUUGAUAUUUAGUCAUUUUUUCCCCUUAAUUCCCCUUUUAAAUUCAAACUCAUUUUUAUCAGUAAUGUAAAAAUAAUGAGGUUUCCACUCCACGUAUUUAUUCAUAUGUGAAGUAUAACAUUUACACCCUAAACAUUUUUGAAUCUACCUUUAUUUAAACAAUAACAUAUCAAUUUUUAAAAAAUGUAUUGAUAGGAAAACAGUGUUUUUGUUUUAUUUAAAUGUGAGCAAUAAUAAUAUUUACAAGUCUUAAUCAAUUUAAAUGAUUGCAAGUUCCUUCUUUUGAUUGACUUUUGGAACUUUUAUGAAAUAUUUGCAUUGGUGUCGUCCUCAAAGAUCACGUGGAAUAUUUUAUAUGGAUAUAACCCUGCCAAAGAUGACUUAAGUUGAUGUUAUUUGCUUAAUUGCAUCCCAAAUACGUCAAAGUCAGAAAUUUCCCUCAAGGGAAAUAAAUGCCUGCUAUAGGACACUAAAUUGUGGGGUAAUUGGGAAUUACCUGCAUCUAAAUUACUCUUCUCCUGACCUUUGACCUUUGUUAAACACUCCAUGAGUUUGCCUAAACACCGAUUUGACUUUUCACAAAAGGCUGACUUUCAUCAAACACUCAUUAUAAGAUUACUUUCUUUAACUACUCGCAUCUUCUUCUGCAAAAAUAAGCAUCCAAACCGAGCUAAUCGCCAACUCAAAAAAUCUUCAGUUCCCCGAAAGGACACAAUAAAACAAAAAAAAAGAUUCCUCGUCGGAUGUGGUUGUCACCUUAGUCAUCACCGGAUCCCUUGCUGUACCUCAUGCCUGUAAUUUUUGCUGCUUACAUGUCAUUUUUUUUAUUUUAUUGAGUCACAUAACAAAGGUGUAAAUAGUGGAAUUAUUUAUUAAGAGUGUUAUACUUUAAGUUAUAUUUAAUGUCCAUGUAAGUUAUUUUCUUCUGUUAGUCUCGUAUAGUCUCGUCUCCGCUGGUUCACAGUUGAGGCUCCUCUGGUCAUCCCGUGCAGAUGGACAGCGCUUGGAGAAAAAAAAGACAAAAAAAAGUAUUGGUUGGACAUUUUAUCUAUAUAUCUUUUUUUUUUUAAUCAGAAAUGUUUUUUUUUUUUUCUCGCACAUAUUAGUCAUGCAAGAAUUCAUUGAAAGAGUACCAAAUAUGUAGUGCUUGAAUACUUACAUGCAUAGAACUGCAAAUAAUAUUUUCAAAAUAAAAUGUACAAUUUGUGGAUUUAAUGUACAGCAGAGAGAAAGGAAAAGGGGUUAAAAACAAUGGAGAAAAAAAAAAAAGCAGUGUUGGAGGUGGGAUGGCAGCUGAUGCAAAUGUUCUUGGGUGGGGCAGAUGUAGAGGUGGUGGGGUAGCAAGUGAAGUUAGGGAUGGGUGGGCUACUUUUCCUGGCUUGUGUAGCUGUUUGUCCAGCUGUGGAAGUGUGUACUCACAGAGGCUGCUGCUGCUCCUGGACUGGGGAGGGGGGCAGCUGAAUGGUAGCUGAGGCCAGUGAGUCAGAGUUUCCCCCCUGAGGGUGGCAGCCAUCCCUCCUUGGGACUCCCACCUCCUCCCUUCUCCUCGACACACUGCCUCAUCUGUCACUGUCGGGUAUGCCUGCCGCCUGCGCGAGGCGACUGGAAUCAGUCUGGCCUCGUGGAAGCGGGAGAGGAUAUUUCCCCAGCUUUUAGGGCCUUCUUACCUGCUCGUCCUGUCCCGUUGUGUCUUUAUUUUUUUCUUUGUAAACUGACUUGGAUACCUCUACAUGUUUACCACCAAAAGAUACUUCUUGCGCAAAAAUGGCAGAAAGUUGCAGUCUACAGUGAGCAUUUUUUGGGAGAGUAAGGAAGGAGUUGUACUAUGUUUCAUUCACAGAAUUUUGUGAAAAAAACUGAUGUGCCAUUCUGUUGUGAGACAUUUCCUUUAUGUGCCGUAACACAUAAAGUACCUCUUAUAGGCCUCUGGUUAUAGAAUGGUCCUAUCAUGUCUGUUUCUUAACCCACCGGUCAAUAAUAAUAAUAAUAAUAAUAAUAAAAAAAGGCAAACUGUAGUGUUUUUACUAUAAGUGAGGAGGCAAAAAAACAAAACAAAAAAAAGUAUUUGCAUAUUACAUGGAUAUAUAUAGUGGUAUUAUUGCAUCGUUUCGUAACCAACCGCUCUACAAAUAUAUUUUAAGAUGUAAAUAAUAAUAUUUCAUGAUGAUUGUAUUUGCAAACCAUGUACUAACUGUUUGGCCGUGGCUCUCGGACUGAUUUUUAUCAUAACUAUUAUACAAAUAAAUUAACAGUGAAAUGUUGUGCAUUGUGUCAAAGUAUCACCUGCAAGACGAAAAAAAGAAAAAAAAAAAUCUGUGAUGCUUUACUCUACACCACUUUGUUGUCAGCAAUUAUUUGUUCCAAAUGGCUUUAGUGCAAGCACUGUUGUCAGCUGUCUAAACCAUGAUUUUAUCCAUUGAGUCAUAUAUUAUUUAUUUGUUGUCAAGAUUGGUCAAAUCAGAAAGGUCAUCUCUGGGCCUUGGGAGUGCGUUGAAAUGGAUCUUUACAAUCGAACUUGACUGGUAUUUGUUCUGCAUUGAGAAGGUCAAUUUCAAAAUCUGGUCCGAGUUGACCGCCAUCAAAAAAAAAAAAAAAAAAAGAAAAAACAGCUUUGUUUUCCUUGCUCUGUUCUGUGUAUUGUUCUGUAUUAUCCAUCCAUGUUUGUGUUUGCUGGGAAUUUCACCAACACUGUAAAAGGUAGCCAUCAGACUUACGUAGCUGCCCCCCCUGAUAAUCGCCUACUCUCUCUUUGGUUCUAAUGCAGUAUGCACUUUUUCAGGCACAUAUACAGCAGUUCGGACGUUUGUGUUUCAGCCCGUGUUUCUCUCUGUUUCCACAGUUCUAGCUAUAUAUCUAUUUUUUUGGUGCUCUGAAACAUAGCAAAUCAUGUCUGAUGUGUAUUAUAUUUUCAUAAGAAUGAGUCAUAAAGAUGAGUAUCAUGUUCAUUUUGCUGUCAUUUAUUGUGUAAAAAUAAAACACUGGUUAAAGUGAGCAUAAA